CAACCAUGUUAAGGUAAGAGUUAAAAUUAUGGUUUUAAAUCGUGCAUUACAUGAAGCUAUAAAUGAAAAAUAUUUCAAAACAGUACUGAUAUCAUUGUUUGAUCUGCCAAUCACAUAUUGAGACGAUCAUUACUCAAACAAAUGAGACAGAACGAAAGAGAAGUUAUUGCGCAGAUUUAAAUCACCAUUCUAAGGAAACAGAAGACCCAACACAUAUCGUACCAGGAAUACUAAACUAGGUAAAGAUGGGCUGCUUUUCGUCUAUGGGAAAAUUGUUCCUUGUUGUGAUCAACAUUCUGUUCAUGAUAUUUGGUUUGAUGCUGAUACUUCCCGGAAUUUUGAUCCUGGCGAACGUCGAGUACAUCAAUGAGAACGUCAAACCGCUGAUGAAGACGUUGUCAUACGGUGACGUCAAUCUCGCUGAUGUGGCCGAUGGACUCUCUAUUUCCAUGAUUAUACUGGGAAUUUUUAUCCUCGUGGUGGCCAUGCUAGGAUUAUGUGGGGCUUGUAAAUCGAACAAGAAAUGCCUCUGUAUUUACUCAAUCGUUGUACUUACACUACUGGUAUUCCAACUAGUAGCAGUGGCGCUGUGGGCAGUUGCAAACGACAAGUUGACGAAUUCCAUAAAAUCUGAGAUGCUCACCAAUUUGCAGACGUAUUACACAAACGAAGACCUUUCAAGUCAUGAAAUUUCCACAGCUUGGAACUAUCUUUUCAUGAAGUUGUCAUGCUGUGGCGUUAACGACAACCAGAACUCAACUAACGACUUUACCACUUCCCCGUGGAAGACGUCAGCUGGAACCAAAAAUAUUCCAAUCUUCUGCUGUAGCGGGACAAACACCGAUAACUACAACCUGGUCACUUUUUCCACCUGUACUGAUGAAGUGUAUCUAGGUUACUACUCCACGGGUUGUUACAGUGCUGUGGAAAAAACUGUGUCAACAUAUACAGUGUACUUCAUCGUUACAGGAUGCAUCAUUCUUGCAGUAGAGCUUAUUGGUCUCAUUUGUGCCUGCUGCUUAUGUAAAAACAUUGGGAAGAAAGAUGGAGAGGUGUCACCGGGUAGAAAAAAGAAGAAGUAAAUCUGGAAAUGAUCUGAAAUUGUCAAUAAAUACCAUGACAUGAGUAACUUUAUAUAAACACCCCUUGAUAAAAGAGUACAUAUUACAUGUCCUCACAAGGAGAUAGACAAUGCGUUUAUAAUGUGGAAGAAAGGUACCAUUUAUAUCUUUGCUUUUGUGUCUACUUCACGUAAAUGAAUCUAUUUAUUUGUAUCAUAGUUUGCUAUUUAUCCUCAUUUAAUUAUGUUUCGUAAUGUAAAUCUUCAAUUGCUAUCAUAUAAUAAAUUCUUGAAUUUAU